GGACCUCGAGGUUCUGCUACGUUGAAGGAAGUCCAGAUAAAAAUUAUGGCUGUUUUCUUUGUUGUUGUUUUGUUUUUUUUACCUGAGAGCGAAUGACGAACGUUAACCAUUUAAACUAACCCAUAGCCUAUUGUCACACUACUGUACACAUGUUGUACUGCUGCUAGACAAUUGCGUUCAGCUGUCGAGGGAAGCUCAGCUGCUGAUGGAGCACAUCCGACUACCAAAGGUGGAGAAUGUCAGGCUGCUUGACAGAGUGUCACCCAAGAGGAGCAGGGUGGGCACCCUGUACCUGACAGCCACGCACAGCAUCUUCGUGGAAAACGAGGCCGGAGUGCGCAAUGAAACAUGGGUGCUUCACAGUUUGGUGUCCAGCGUGGAGAAGCAGGUUGCCACUGCCUCGGGAUGUCCCCUGCUCAUUCACUGUAAGAACUUCCAGGUCCUGCAUUUGAUCAUAUCCCGAGAGCAGGAAUGCCACGAUGUCCACUUGUCCCUGCAGCGUCUGUGCCAGCCAGAGAGUUUUGAGGAGCUGUACUGCUUCUCCUACAAGCCUAAUGUUGAUGAGAAGGAGAGACGACAGGAGUGGGACUUCUUGGACCUCAAGGCUGAUUACAGGAGAAUGGGUCUCCCAAACUCUCAGUGGAAACUCUCCCCGGUCAACCAACACUACAAGGUGAGCGACACUUACCCGGCCGAAUUGUUUGUACCCGAGUCUGCCACGCCUCCGGUCAUCGUGGGGAGCUCCAAGUUCAGAAGCAGAGGCAGGUUUCCUGCCCUGUCGUACUACUCCAAAGAAAAUCAUGCUGCCAUCUGCCGCAGCAGCCAGCCCCUGUCAGGUUUCAGCGCUCGCUGCCUGGAGGAUGAACAGAUGCUCGAGGCCAUACUGAGGUCCAAUCCCCGCAGCGACUUCAUGUAUGUGGUGGACACCAGGCCUAAGCUGAACGCAAUUGCGAACCGAGCUGCGGGGAAGGGGUACGAAAACGAAGACAACUACUCCAACAUAAAAUUCCAGUUCAUCGGCAUCGAGAACAUCCACGUCAUGAGGAACAGCCAGCAGAAAAUGUUGGAAGUGAGCGAGCUGCGUUCCCCCUCCAUGUCUGACUUCCUGGAGGGUCUGGAGAGCUCAGGCUGGCUGAAGCACAUCAAAGCCGUGCUGGAUGCAGGCAUCUUCAUCGCCAAGGCUGUUGCACAGGAGGGCGUCAGUGUCCUGGUCCACUGUUCAGACGGGUGGGACCGCACCUCCCAGGUGUGUUCAGUGGCCUCUGUGCUGCUGGAUCCCUUCUACAGGACCCUCAAAGGAUUCAUGGUUCUCAUCGAGAAAGACUGGGUCUCAUUCGGACACAAGUUCUCCCACAGAUGCAACCACUUGGUUGGAGAUCCUAAAGAGGUGUCUCCCAUCAUCGACCAGUUCCUGGAGUGCGUGUGGCAGCUGAUGGAGCAGUUCCCCUGUGCCUUCGAGUUCAGCGAAAGGUUCCUCAUCACCAUUCACAGCCACAUUUACUCCUGCCAGUACGGCAACUUCAUUGGCAACAACCAGCGCGAGAGGAUAGAGCUGAGGGUUCGUGAGAGGACUCACUCAUUGUGGAGUUACCUGUGGAUGAACCGUGCAGACUACGUCAACCCUCUGUACCGGCCAGACCACAGCCAGACUCAGGGGCUCCUCCGGCCGUCUACUGCCCCCUACUGUUUUAAAUUUUGGCGAGGCCUCUACAACCGAUUUGACCGCGGGAUGCAUCCCCGACAGUGUGUAGAGGAUUAUCUGAGGGCCAUCCGGGAGGAGACCCAGCAGCUGGAGGAACAGUUGGCGUCACAUAAAGAGAAAAUUUCUCAGCUGGAGCAGGAUCAGGUGUGGAGUGAUACCUGGAUACCGACCGCCUCUGAUAACAGCCCCACAGUGUGGGCUCAUGGAAACGACCUCGGCCUGGUCAACACUCCUCAGGACUACACCGGCGGCUUCAUCACCAGCAGCCCCUGCCAGCCCAAAGCACCAGACGGCGCCCUGAUCCUAGUGCCACAGGACUUGAACCAAACUACUGACUCCAACUUCUCGAACGGCAGCGACCAGGAGUCUGGGAUUGCAGAUCUGAGCUGCCGUUCCCCUCUGAGCGAGGACAGCGCCAGAGAUCCGGACUCCGAUGAGGCCGCCUACUCUGCUGCUUGAGCAAGUGUAGCACUCGGUGGGAGGUGCAGCGCCGGCUGUCCACCGAGCAGCACUGAACCAACACUACCUUUACAUUCAGAAGUCUUAUUCGGGUUUCCUGUUUGACUUGCACUUUCAUUUGCAUGUGGUGUGGCAGUCCUUCCUUGUUGCCACUAGUUAAUAACUGUUUACUGUAGCUGACUGCCUUUUUCCUUCUUACUCCAGUAAAAAGAUUGUGAAGAAAGUUUUAAUAUUUUCCAAAUAUUUUAACCAGAUAUUUUGAGACUUUAAAAUGAAAACAAGUUGACCAGAAUUGCAAGCAAGCCAACAACAAUACAGAAUAAUUAACAGUACAUCUAA